AGGACGAUGAUGGAUUCUUACUCCAGAGGCACCUUGUGGAUGAUACUCGUCCUCUUGGCGCUGCCACACCUCACCUGCAACAUGGUCUGCCCGAGCAGCUGCAGCUGUAAAUAUCAAGGUGUUGUCAUGUGCUUUGGCUUCACCAUCACAGAUAUACCGCAGGAGCUGCCUGCCCAUACAUACACGCUGAGACUUAAUGACACAAACAUGAACGUCAUACAUGAGCAGAGCUUGGCAGACCAGGACCUCCUGAACCGUUUCAGUCUGACUCACAGCCAUCUACACACUAUCCAUCCCAGGGCCUUCCACAUUGCUCCACAGCUCAAGUCUAUCCUGCUUUCUUCCAAUGAUCUUUCUACCCUCCCUGCUCGGGUUUUCAGUCCACUGACCAUUCUGGAACAGCUGCAUUUAGAUGGGAACCAGUUGGAGACCUUAACUCCAGAUAUGUUUGAAGAACUUGUUGAGUUGCUGGACCUGGACCUGAGCCGGAACAAACUGGGUAAUCCUGCUCCAGAUGUUUUCGAUGGACUUACAGAACUCAGGGCUCUGAACCUUGGCAGGAACUCCAUGAGAAUGCUUCCACCUACCAUCUUUCAUUCUUUGACUAAACUCAAAAAACUCCAAAUCUAUAACAAUGAGCUACAGGUGCUAGAAGCUGGGACCUUUGAUGGACUUGUCAACCUUGAGGAGCUGAAACUACACCAUAACCAGAUUACCAGCCUUCCACCUCAGGUGUUCUGGUCACUGCAGAACUUGAUGAUUCUCACCUUGUCCUCCAACCGACUUCAGGCAAUCCCAGAAAAGAGCUUCUACAACAUGCCCAAGCUGAGAAAGCUUACCCUUUACAACAACCCGCUACUAUCUCUACCAGACCAGCUAAUGGGACACAUGCCUGACAUGAGAGAAUUUUAUCUGUAUGCCACUAACCUCACCACUGUUCCUGAAAAUUUGUUUGCUAACAUGUCUGGACUCUUGACCCUUAACUUCCAUUUAAAUGAAUGGCUCUUUGAGUUCCCUCCAGACCUCUUCUGCUGCCUUCCCAACCUUCAAAAGCUCUCACUGAAAUCCAACAAACUUGUUCAUCUACAUCCUCAGCUGUUCUCCAGACUAACCAGAAUAAGCAUACUGCUUCUUAAUGAAAACGUGCUGCAGAGCCUGCCAGAAAACAUCUUUCAAGGCCUUAGACAGGUUUCAUCACUUGAUUUGAUGAAUAACCACCUCAAGACUCUCCCGGGAGAUAUUUUCAACUCAAAUACAAUGUUGAGGUCUCUUACUCUGAGUGGCAACCCCUGGGACUGUACCUGCAGCAUCAGAGGUAUUGCAAAAUGGAUAAGACAAAAUGAGCAUGUGAUUCUUGACAGAGAUGAUGUGCUGUGCCGUAGCCCAGUGCAUCAAGAGCAUCGGACCCUUGGCUCUCUGCCUGACGAGGAGUUCAGUUUUUGCAAUCCAACAGUCACGUUAUCAAGUUACUUUCCUGCACAGAGUGACUUGCAUGAGCCAACGAAACCAUUCCGCACCAUUUCAACCAGAGGACAAACAGCAGUUGUAGCUUCAACAGCCACACCACCUGCAGCAACAUCAACCGAAACUCAAGGAGCUACCCAACAAGCCCCAACAAUCACUCCAACUACAGAACCAUCGGUCUUACACACCACAAUCCUAUCAACAUCUCUCCAAACUCCCACCACCAGCCUGCCUGACAACGAGUUUAUUCUCACUACUAAGACCACAUCGACUUAUUACAUGUUACCUCUUUUUUAUGACACACUGGUAGUUGAGCAGGGGCCAGACUUUGUUCACCACAACCACCACAAGGGCUGGGUCUACGUGUGGUUCCUGUCCUCGGACAGGGUCUUGACCGGGUUCCUCAUGGUUUGUCACAUCCUUCUUGUGACCACAGGCUUGUUCCUCAUUCUUGCUGCCCUGUAUGGCAUGUAUCGCCUCAGCAAGACCAUGGAUGAGCUAAAAGCUGAUUAUGCACAUAUUACAGGAGAAAUAAUGGAUCUGUCCCUGACCCUUCAUGUGCUGCUACUUCUCUGUUCCCUCAACGCUGUUGUUUGGGCGUGUCCGGAAGGAUGCAAAUGUCAAGGAACCAAAAUCCUCUGCAGUGGACUCUCAGACUUCCCCACAGCUGUGCCCUCAUCAACCACCACCCUGUACUUCUCCAAUUGCAGUAUCUACUUUCUAAAACCAGAGGACCUGACUGAUUUCUCGAAUGCCCUUGGCAUCUUUGUGAUUAAAGACACUAUUCUGAGAGAAGUGCGCCUUGGCACAUUCGAUUCCACUACAAACUUAGGUGCCUUAGGGUUUACUGGCACCGAACUGCAAGAUCUCCCUGAGGACUUGUUCAGAAAUCUUCAGAAGCUUGAGACUCUGAAUCUGAAGAGCAACAAGCUCCUGGUGCUCCGCCCCAAGUGGUUCUCUCUGUUGACAGAUCUCAAACUUCUUGACCUCAGUAAGAACCUUUUCACUUCUGUACCUGUGGAAACUUUUCACCCUCUUACUGAGCUGCAGUACCUUUUGCUUUCCGGAAACAAUAUCAGUCAGCUAUCUAGAGAGACAUUCAAGGGUCUCUCUAAGCUGAAAACCUUACGGCUUAACAAAAACUCACUACAGGAACUCCCCGUCGGCAGUUUGGAUGACCUUGGAAAUCUGGAGGAACUGUCCCUACAUGACAAUCAAAUCACUCAUCUCUCCCAUGACCUGUUCUCCAAGACUUUGAAACUCCAGAAGCUGUUCCUCUCCCACAAUAGGCUCACAUCUCUUCCAGACGGGAUCUUCUUAAACCUACCCCUCCUUUCCCAGAUCUCUCUUUACGAAAACCAGCUGGAGAGUCUGGGGCCAGGGGUGUUUGGGCCCAUGGCCCUGCAGGACCUGUGGCUGUAUGACAACAAGCUGAGUCGUGUGGAGGACGACACGUUCAGGAACCUGACUCAGUUACGUCUCCUGGUGCUCAGUCGGAACCAGAUCAGCUAUGUAUCCACCAAAGCCUUUAGAGGGUUGGAGCAGCUGGGAGAGGUAUCACUUCACACCAAUCAGCUCACAACCCUGCAAGCUGGAACUUUCCAAGGUCUACCCAGCCUGGUCAACAUUUCCUUGGAGCACAACUUUAUCAAAUCCCUCCCUUUGGGUUUUCUCCAGGGCUUGAGCUUCCUGGGACAGAUAGAUCUGCGAAAUAACUCCCUUCCUAACCUGCCACAGGAGAGCCUAGAUGCCCUCAAUGUUGUGACAGAAGUGCUCCUGCAGCAAAACCCCUGGAGAUGUGACAAGGAUAUUUUGCCACUUAGAGACUGGCUGAAACAGCACCCAUCCAAGGUUAACCAAACUCUUGUAGUCUGUGAAACACCUUUCAGUCUGAGCGGUGAGGUAAUUUCUCUGCUGACAGAUGAGAACUUAAUGUCUCUUACUUCUACUGAAGAGCCUGUGUUGACCUCAACGGAGAAGAGGAGGAAGCCUAAUACCCCUCCAACCAGACGAAGCACUUCCUCACCUGCUGUCAAGACCACCCCGACCUCAGAACACGAGGAGGUCACCAGCGGUGGACAAGGGGAGAAGGAGACGGUUUCUAAUGACACUUCGGUCAUCCUCAUCCUCAUCGCAGUCAUUUCCACUGUCAUCGUCAGUACCGUCAUCAUCAGCUGUGUGUGCUGGAGGAGGAACAAGAGAGGAAGAGGAAACAUAGGCCACAGAAACAAGAACUCUGUGCUGUAGACUAGACCACCCAGCAACCCAAGAACUUUUAAAGCCAAGGGAAACUGCUCACUUACCAUGGUUUACUCAGAAAAUGUGGAGCCUGGAGUUGAUUUUAGAGCCUCAAAGGCAACAGAAAUGACCACUUCAGCUCUAUUUAGACGUACCAGCUAGAACAGACAAGUAAACUUUUGAAUUCAUUAGCUUUCAGUUUUUAAUGAUGAUAGUUACCAGGCAGUUUUCUUGUUAGGGUGCUGUAAAUACAGAAUGGACAUUGUGUGUACUAAUUGUAAAAACACUCGCCUUGCCGCCUUGUGGGCAUCCUAGACAUUUUGGUGAAUGUAGCCUCAGAUGCACUGAAACAGUGUUUCAGAGGUUCUUUUGGUAAAAUUAAGCCUGCGUUCAACUAUUUUCUAUUUUUCAGGACUAACUGCUGUUUGACAAUGGCUUUUUGUGCUAACUACAAUACAUUUAGGGGACAGUAAAGUGCGAAAUGGUUAUCCAUGAAAAAUAAAAAAACUAUUCUGACUCAACUGUAACACAAUUCAUCCUAUGGUUUGCACAUUUACAAUGCAAAAUACUACUAUACAUUCAAUAAAAGUGCU